GUCGCAGCAAUAUGACGUCAGACAUCCGGCAGUUUUUUAAAGAGCCCUCUAAUAAAGAAAGAAAGAAGAAGUUUUGCAUGAUAUAAAGUAAUUAACAACGUUUAUUAUUGUUAAUAGAUAAACCAGCAAACUCAAAGAACAACUACAGCUGCAAAAAUAACAUAUGCUUAAUAAGCAGUAAGAUAAUACAUAUGUUUAUCAUAGUAUUUCUCAUUACAAAAUAAUAGUUUUGUAUACCGGCAUCAUAAAAAAACCUUUAUUACUGUGUGUUAAACCUCCUUAAAGACUUAUGGAACAGUUAUUUACUGUUUUCUUUAUUACAGCUGUGUUUGUCCUGUGAAAAAUGUCACCAGGUUUAUUUAAAGACAUGCUUAUGACACAUGUUGUAUGCCAAAUACCAAAGAUCACAGAAUUUAAAAGACUUACAAUCACAGUUUUGCAUCAUCAGUUCCUCGCUCAAAGGUAAAUAUGACUUUAUUACUUUGCUAAAACAGAGAUAGAGUUGUCCUAACUAAUGUGAAUUUCUCUGUGAGAUGAAUAAAGUAUCUAUCUAUCUAUCUAUCUAACUUCUGAAAAACAACAUCAGAUCCAUGAGGCAGUUAAAGCUUUGAGUGACACUUUGAUGGGAGCAGGUCUGAAAGAGAAGCUUAUCUCACUGUGCAGGUUGUGGAGCCCCUGCUGUAAUAGAGACAGCGGGACAAUCCCUGGCUGUUGACACUUGUCAUGUCCCCUUUUACAACACGCCUCAGCUUUGUUUGUGCUCGACAAUCAUGGGCCAAACACAAAGAUGGUCCGCCAUGAAGGAAACCAUCCCAGUGUCAGGCCACGAUGCCCAACAGCUGAUUAGUGUGAGAGCUGCUGACGUCAGAGCCCUUUAAAGUCCUGUCCCCACAGACUGUGAAGCAUGGACAGAUGCUGACAUGGACGGCGCCGCUCUUCCCACACUGACUCUGACGGCUCUGCUCCUCAGCUGGGCUUGUUACGCUCAGAAUCUGUCCUGCCCAGACCACCAGGAGGGCUUUGACGGCUCCUGCUACGAGUUUGUGGCCCUGCAGCGCUCCUUCCUCAGUGCCCAGGGAUGGUGUGAGCGAGGAGGAGGACACUUGGCCUUCAUCCUUAACGAUGAAACGCAGCAGUUCCUGCAGAAGCACCUGCAGCCGGACAAGGACUGGUGGCUCGGGCUGGCACCUGCUGCUCCCAACCUCACGCUGGAGUCUGCUGCCACUGAGGGCUCCCUUGCAUGGCUGGACAGCUCAGAUGUCAGCUACAAUAACUGGGUGAAUUUGCCAGAUCCACAAGCGGCCUGUGGACACAUCCUGAGACAUUCAGGCUUCCAGUGGGAAGCAACAGUCAACUGCAGCCGGGAGCUCGACUUCAUCUGCCAGUUUGAUUCUGGGAGAACCAUUGCAUGUCAUGGCCAAAACGCCACACUGCAGUGUGGUUCAGGUCAGGUGAUCGAGAUCGUUGACAGCUUCUACGGGCGAAAGACAAUUCACUUCUGCCGCUCUAAACUCACCGCUCUACCCACGUCCUCACAGGAGGAGUGCAGCUGGAUAGAUGUAGUAGACACUGUCACAGCUCAUUGCCACGGACUGCAGGCCUGUCAGGCUCCAGUGGAUCUGAGCUCUUCCGUUGAACCGUGUCCUGUGCUGGGAAGUUACCUGUCUGUGGAGUAUCACUGCAAACACGGUCUCUACUUACUGAUAAGCAAACUGGCGGCCGUGUUUGAUAACGUCACCAUCACAGUGAAGUGGCUCCUUCAUCCGUUUCAGGGGAACCUGACGUGCUCGGUCAAUGCCGGAGACGGACACACGAUUGAUCCAUACAGCCCCGAAGAGAUGGAAAGCACCAUCAUGCACAAAUUCAGCCGCCCCGGUGUGUUCGUGGUGGUGGUGGAGUGCACCACGAGUGACUGGCACGUCACAGCUGAGAGAGCCAUCACUGUUCAGGAGCCUGUAGGAGAGUUUAGUGACAUCACUUGCAAUAGCAGGAACGUGUCAACAGAGGGCAACAAAUGCAACGCUCUGUAUGGACGUCCUGUUCAGAUCCAGGUGAUGAUGGAGGCUGGUACAAAUAUUUCCUACACUGUUCAUCAUGAAGAACAUUUGGUUGCAAAGUCAUCCGUGGACGCUGGCAUCAAACCUCACAACAUUACACUGAGUUCAGCUGCGGUGGAGAAGCUCGGGUCCGGCUGCCACAACCUGACUCUGGCUGCGUCGAACAGUGUCACGGCACGCACCGUGUCCACAGAUCUGCAGCUGUGUCUGCUGCAGCCUGUGGAGAACCUGCAGGCCUCAGUGGUGUCAGAGGAAGGCAAGUGUCCAGACUCAGCUGACAUGGUCAUUGAUGUUUCUCUGGAGCUCGGAACCCCGGUGCAGCUUCUCUUCAAUCUCACCGGAGCCAUGGAGACACAGUCUUUGAGCAGGGACCUGCUUGACGGCAGCUCACAGGUUUAUACCUUCUCCAAUCCAAUCGAAGGACUGGUAAAGAUUCAAGUGCGAGCCAUGAACGCUUUCUCAGCCUCUGAUGUGGAUGUGGACCUGGAGAACAUCCUGGAAGCUUGUCAAAAUCACUCAGCACAUGAACAUGAAAACACAGCAGAUGUGAGAAUAAUUGCUGCUCCUGACUCUUUGAGCGACUACAGUCACAGCGUCACACUGAGGGCAGCGGGAACCGAAGCCUUACCCAACACAGGACUCGCGUUUGAAUGGAAGUGUAAAGGAAACUGCACGUGCAGAAACAUACAACAGGAUGAAUUUCACAUCAUCGAGAAAGACUGCCUUCCCAAGCCCUUUGAAUUUUUCAAAUACACUUUAACUGUGAGGAAGAAAACCUGGUUCAGGGAGUGGGCAGAUCUCGGGUCAGACUCUAAAUGCAUCACCGUGACUCCAAAAGAAUUCACCAAUGUCACCAUCAGUUGUGAUAACUGCUCUCCUGUGAAUGUGGACGGUGGUGUGAAGCUAAGACUGAGCUGCGUGACGACGUGUCCACAUGUUGUCUGGUUCACUGAAGACCCCAAACCUGUGAAGACUAACCUUCAAAGGUGUUACUCCAGAGCAGGAAGGACGCCCCCUGUUGACCUGCAGGAUGGCAGCGCUGAAUAUAUCGUACAAAGUCAACAUCUGAAGGUGUCGAGGGACACGCGGCAGAACAUCACUGUCAUCGCUUAUGGCAAUAAUGAGCUUGGUUUUGCCAAAUACACUCUCCCCGUACCUGAUCCUCAACCAACUGAGCCACCUCCGAGUACAACUGUUGCUCCCACAACUGAGGCUCCGACAACUGAGGCUCUGACAGCCCCGAGCCCUCCGUCCUGCAGCAUCUCCCCCACAUCAGGGACUGUACUUGAUGCCUUUGACAUCACCUGCAAACCCAGCUCCUUCUGCUCUGAGGGCUGUUCUUAUUGCUUCAAAACUGACACUGGCACACAUCUACGUUGCAGUAACACAAACGAGGUGAAGUCCGUCUUCCUGCCUCUGGGAGACGCGAACAGCGAUUACAGUUUGUCUGUCGUGGUGACUGUGAAAAGUGGAAAUGAGAAAACCUCCACGACUGUCACCACUCAGGUACAGCAAAGUGAGUCCAGUGCGUCGGUGGUGGCUCUGCAGUCUGCAGUGGAGGACACUGUGACUCAGUUAGAGGAGCAGGGUUUGCUCACCACUGAGGCUCUUGGGCAAAUAUUUACCUCAGUCUCAGACAUUCUGAACGCAGAGGACAACGAGGAGCAGAAGGAUGCGAGGACUGAGCUCAGGCAGCAGAUGCUGAACAAAAUGGCCACAGUGCUUGUGGACUCACCGAGCAACUCCACGCAGGAAGUGCAAGUGACGGCCAGAGCUGUGGCUGGACUCACCCAGCGCUCGGACGAGCUCAGUCCUGCUGCUCAAGAAGAAGCAGGUUCAUUGUUGGUCGACCUCAGCUCCUCCCUCAACACCAUCAGUGUUCAUCAGGACGACAGCGACGAUGGAGAAGUCAUCGAAGCGGCUGCACCCAUAGUUGAAGCAGCCAGUAAUAUUUUAAGUGUUUCAUCAAAUAAAAAAGUCUCCGAUUUUCUUCUGAAUGGGAUCAACAACGUUCAGAGUGCUUUGCUGACCAAUAAAAAGCUGGAUGGAAACCCUGCCAUCAUUGAUUCUGGUCAGAUCAGUGUGUACGUCAAUAGAGUCUCUGCACAGUCCAUGCAGAUGCAAGACAUAAACGUACAGAAGAGCAGCUCGUCCAGGUUUUCCUUCCCUCGACUGCCUGAUGAUGUUGUUUCUCCAGAGGAGCCGAUGGACGUGAGAAUGAUGAGCUUUGAAAAGAAUCCCUAUUCCUGGAAAGAGGGAAACAUCACAGGAACGGUGGGAUCAGUGUCUCUCACCAGAGUCAACGGCUCUGCCAUUCCUGUGGAGAACUUACCUGAGGAGAUCGAGAUUCUUCUACCCAGGCCUGAUGCAGGGCAGGAGAACAGCACAAUCAUUGACCUUGCCAAUUUCAGCACAGUCAUAAUUGACGUCCCGUCGCCGGAUGUCACGCUCGUGCUGAAGAUGGAGCCUUCUGAAGACAUUUCUUUCAUCGUGUUGCUGGGAUUUAAAGAAUAUCCAGAUGAUGAGAAUUAUGUGGCAAAGACUCAGAUUCCCCAAGAGAACUCAAAAGAAGAGGAAAAAUACACCUGGGUGCUGAGUCCCCAAAACAGAACAGGAGAUGUCGGCGUUCACUACCUGGUUUUGAAGCCCAUUGUUGAGCCCGGUGUCAAAUCCAUCAACGCCACAGUCGCUUUCACUUCCAUCGCUGCCCAGUGCAAAUACUGGAAUGAAACUCAAUCUUCCUGGAGUGAAAAUGGCUGCAGGGUCGGUCCACUGACGACGCCUCUGGUCACUCAGUGUCUCUGUAACCACCUGACUUUCUUCGGCAGCUCGUUCUUUGUCAUGCCAAACCUGGUGGACGUGUCGCGCACGGCAGAACUCUUUGCGACGUUCACUAACAAUCCUGUGGUGGUGUGUUUCGUGGGCGCCAUCUUCGCUGCUUAUCUGGUGGCGGUGGUCUGGGCUCGCAGGAAAGACAUCCAGGACUCAGCCAAGGUUAAGAUAACAGUGCUCGAAGACAAUGACCCCUUGGCUGAGUAUCAUUACGUGCUGAGUGUCGGCACCGGGCAUCGACGCGGUGCCUCCACCUCCUCUCAGGUGACGAUCACUCUGCUGGGCACAGAGGGAGAAAGUGACCCGCAUCACCUGACCGACCACGAGAAGCCGGUGUUUGAGCGGGGCGGGGUGGACAUGUUCCUGCUGACCACACACUUUUCUCUUGGAGAUCUGCAAAGCAUCAGACUGUGGCACGACAACUCGGGAGGAUACCCUGCGUGGUAUGUGAACAAAGUCAUGGUGCAGGAUCUGGAGACUGGUCAGAAAUGGCAUUUCCUGUGUAACUCCUGGUUGGCUGUAGAUGUGGGAGAGUGCGCUCUGGACAAGGUCUUCCCAGUCGCCUCAGAAAUGGAUUUGAAGAGGUUUAGUAACCUGUUCUUCAUGAAGACAGCCAAAGAUUUUAGUGACGGCCACAUCUGGUUCUCCGUCGUGAGUCGACCUCCGUGCAGCACGUUCACACGUGUGCAGCGAGUUUCCUGCUGCUUCUCUCUGCUGCUGUGCACGAUGCUGACCAGCAUCAUGUUCUGGGGAAUCCCAACAGACCCGUCAGAGCAGACCAUGGACCUGGGUCACAUCGAGUUCACCUGGCAACAGGUUAUGAUCGGAAUACAGAGUUCAAUCAUCAUGUUUCCCAUCAAUCUACUGAUUGUGAGUAUCUUCAGAAACACUCAACCACGAGAGAGAACCGGCAAAAGAGACGCGUCCAGGCAGGGGAAGACCGGCCGAGUGUCUCCUUCACAGACGUCUUCCCCACAGAAAGAGCUGAAGGACAUCACAGCAGACACAGUGAUCAAGGACAUAAAGAAAAUCGCUCAGUCGCUUUCAAAGGCCAUGAAAAGUCCACUGCCCCAUCAGGACGUCCAUGCUGGUCAGCAGGCGGACAUCAACACUCUGCUGUCUCUGGUGGAGGACAUCAUCAGACGGCAGAACCGAGCCGGCGGAGACUUCUACACGGACACCGCCAAAACGGAUCACGCCGCCAUCCUCAGUUUAGGUGCAGUCAGUUUACAAGACAACAGCAUGUGCGAAAGCCCCGAGAAGACUUCAGACGAAUCUCAGAAGAAGAGCAACAACAGCAGGUUCCUGUACCGGCAGCUGCGUCACGUUGAGAACGAGCUGAGUCUGUUGGGACCUUCUCGAUUCCCAAACCCUGACAGCUACAACCGAGCCAUGCAUCAGGUCCAGGGGAUGAAGGGUCUCCUGAACUUCCACCUGCCAGCGUCCAGCCUGGACGGUGAGCAGUCUGACCGCAGCCCCAGUCCAGAAGAGGGCAGCACCGGUGGGGACUCGUCCAAAAGAUGCUGUCCAGCAGGGCUGCCAUGGUGGUUUGUCUUUAUUGGAUGGAUCCUGGUGAUCGCAACCAGUGGAGUGUCAGGAUACUUCACCAUGAUGUAUGGGCUGACAUAUGGAAGAGAUCGCUCCAUCAGCUGGCUCAUCUCCAUGUUGGUUUCCUUCUUUGAGAGUCUCUUCAUCACCCAGCCUCUAAAGGUUCUUGGUUUUGCUGCUUUCUUUGCUCUUGUUCUGAAGAAAAUUGACCAGGAGGAGUUUGGAGAGCCUAAGAUAGACGAGAGUCUCAGAAACACAGAUGAUGCUGACACUGUGCGGGCAGCGAGGAGAGACAGCACAUGUAGUUUCUAUCAGCCACCGCCUCCCACUGACAUCGAGAGGAUCAGGAACAACAUGAUCAAAGAGCGCAAAGUCUUUACACUAAUGGGGGAGAUUGUUGCCUACAUGGGAUUCAUGUGGAUGCUGCUCCUGGUGGCGUACGGUCAGAGGGAUCCCAACGCUUACUUUCUGACACACCACAUUCGCCAGAGCUUCAGCAAAGGGAUCUCAGACAGUAUGAGCAUUCAGGACGUGUUCCACUGGGCAAACACCACUCUGCUGAGCAACCUGUUUGGAGAGCGCCCGGGAUUUAUCACGGACGGAAACUCAAAGCUGGUGGGUAACGCGCGUCUCCGUCAGGUGAGGGUGAAGAAAAACUCCUGCCAUGUCGCUCGCUCCAUGCAGCAGUCUCUCCUGGACUGUCACGCUCCGUACUCGUGGGAGCUGGAGGACAUGGGCUCUUACGGUCCGGCGUGGAGCAGCUCUGUGGGAGGCAACGUCUCCGUGAACCUGCAGAGCCCGUGGACGUAUCAAUCCCAGGGUAAACUGAGGGCCUUCCCCCUCUGGGGCAGUGUGGUUUUCUACAGAGGAGGAGGGUUUGUGGUGGAUCUGGGGCCUGAUUUACCAAAUUCCAGUCGAUCCCUUCAGCGUCUUUAUGACAGCGCCUGGUUUGACGUGUACACUCAGGCCGUCUUUGUCGAGUUCACAGUAUACAACGCCAAUGUCAACCUGUUCUGCAUCGUCACUCUCAUGCUGGAGACCACAGCCAUCGGAGCUUUCCAGUUCCGCAGUGAGCUUCAGAGCGUGCGUCUCUACCAGUCGACUGGCGGCCUUCACAUCUUUGUCAUGGCCUCUGAAGUCAUCUACUUCCUCUUUAUCGUUUAUUACAUGUUUGUUCAGGGAAAACAGAUGAAGCAGCAGAAAUGGGCUUAUUUCAAGAGUAAGUGGAACCUGCUGGAGCUGGCCAUCAUCGUUCUCAGCUGGAGUGCACUGUCUGUGUUCAUCAAGAGGACUUUACUGGGGAACCGUGACAUCUACUACUACCAGAAUAACCGGGACCAAUAUGCCAGUUUCCAUGAGACAGCGCAGGCCGAUGCAGUGUUGGGGUAUCUGAUUGCCUUCUUAGUAUUAUUGGCUACAGUCAAACUGUGGCACCUGCUGAGACUGAACCCCAAGCUGCACAUGAUAACAUCGACGCUGCAGCGAGCCUGGACUGAUAUUUCAGGCUUCCUGGUGGUCAUGACCAUCAUGUUUCUGGCCUACUCCGUUGCGUCUAACCUGAUGUACGGGUGGAGGUUAUACUCCUAUCGCACUCUGCUGGAUGCAGCACAGACCAUGGUCAGCCUGCAACUUGGCAUCUUUAACUACGAAGAGGUUCUGAAUUAUAAUCCGGUGCUUGGUGCAUUCCUCAUCGGCUCCUGCAUUGUGUUCAUGACCUUUGUGGUGCUGAACCUCUUCAUCUCUGUCAUCCUGGUGGCAUUCAGUCAGGAGCAGAUCCAUCACAAGCCGUCAGAGGAGGAAGAGAUCGUGGACCUGAUGCUCAUGAAACUCUGCAGUUUGUUUGGCCUUAAAUUUAAGAAACAAGGAGGCGACGAACCGACCGAGAGGCCGUUUGUUCCGUCUGUUUCGGCAGCAUCGACAAAUUCUUCCGUGAUUCAGUCAAACUGAAAGACAAAGAAUGCUUUGUGUUUGUGUUUUAUUGCUUUUCCUGUCGGCCUCUUUAAUGCAAAUCAACGUGUGGCUUUUGUGACUGAAUAUUAACCCCUGCACGUCUGCACUGACCUGUCAUUACUAAAGAGCAAAGAGAGACGAUUGUUAUGUUAUGAAGCGAGGCACUUUUCUUAGACUGCAAUGUGUUUAUUUAACAAAUAAAUGUGUUUCUGUGACUGCAUUAAAUGGAAAUGUUAUUAAAAGCAUACAGUACGA